AUGAGAGCUCCAUUCCCAUCGCAAUCGACAGAAGGAACAACACAUUCAAUCUCAUCGUCCACGAAUAAAGAAUCCUCGACUUUUCCGACUUCAACUACAACAUCGAUUCUAUCAACAAUUUCCACAACAAGGACAUCUUGCAAUGGCUGUGACCCUUCGUGCUCAGCGAUUGAUUGUCUUGAGCAGGAUUAUGGAGCAGAAAAUGAACGCAAAUGUCUUGAAAAAGGCUGUACUUUCUGCCAAAUGCCUGAUGGUAAACCAUGGUGUUAUUAUACAGAAGGAAUGGAUAUUCCUGGACAAAAUUGUCAUGAUUGCAAUUGUCUCGAAAGAGUUAGCUGCAACAGAUACGACGAGAAUAGUUGCAAGUCAUCUGGAUGUCACUGGUGUCCACGUGAGGGAGAGCACCCAUGUAUCUAUGGAAACUUUCAAGGCACUACAACUACAACUACAACUACAACAAUAGACCCUACAUUCAACCAAUGCUUCGGUUACGAUUGCGGUGGAGGCGUCUGUUUCGAAAUCGAUGAUAUUCCCACGUGCAUCGACGCUACAAUUGGGUUUCUAAGUCACGAUAAGAAAAUGACAGUGAAGUGUGGUGACGGAACAAAAAACCAAAAAUGGAUGAAAACGAAGAUGUUGAAUGAUAAUGGUAUUCAUCAUGUCGAUUUUGAAGCAACGCCAAGAAAACACGAAUAUAUUAUCCAUACUCACUUAUUAUACGCUGAUAAGAAGCCAACACAAGCAAUGUACUGCAGAAAUAACACUGAUGACAAUUAUACUUAUGUCAAUCAUAUACGAACGGACGGCGCCGAUUUGUCAAAGUAUGGAAACACAUGGUUGAUAGAACGAAUCACCUGUGAUGAUGCAGAGUGUCCUUACACAGUCAGAGCAGCAGAGGAUCAAACGAGAGGUUGGAAAAAUAAUAUUGAUGGUGGAUACAAUUGGCUUCGAGUAAUGGAAAUCGACCUGAAUAAUGAAGACUUUCUUUGGUGGAUAGAAAUUCAAGAGUUUUAA